AUGGCCAUGUGCGCGAGUUUUGCACGACGCAGGUUCGGAGUUGUUGCCCAGGAAGCAACCCGACGGUGUUCUCAUUCUUGCGCUGUGCCAGAGCAGGUCGCCGUCGCCGCGGCUGAAGUGCAAAGCCUGCGGGGACGCUUGGAUGAUCGCAUUGUGGGGCACGGCGACGCGAAAGAAGCUCUGGUGCUUGCGCUUCUCGCCCGUGAACAUGUGCUGAUGGUGGGGCCGCCCGGGGUUGCCAAAUCGCUGUUGGCCGAAGAGAUGGCGGCUGCAACGGGAGACAAGCCCUUCGUGUUGCAGCUGCAUCGGGACACGCGUGCAGAGGAUCUGACAACACGUGGUGGUGUUGUGAAAAAGGAGAUCCUGCCGGGAGGCCGUGGUGAAGCAGUCAGUUAUGUGGCAGAAGCCGGAGGGGUUCUCACCGCCGAUGUCUGCGUGCUGGAUGACGCCGGAUCCCAGCACAACUCGACUCGGCUAUUGCUUUGUUCCUGCUUUCACCGUUGGGGCGGUUCCGGAGACACUGCCCGCCAGGUGCGUGCACCAUAG